AUGCCUCUGUGCCCGGCUAACGUCAGCAGCAGUAGCUCUACUUCGCAAACUAUCCAUCUUGCAUGGGUGCCAUGUGUCGUGGAUGUGUUGAUUUUGCAGAGCUUUCAGUCGUUCACCCUGCAAGCGUCAUCUUCAACUGAAUGUCCGUACUCGGCUAGCAUCUCAAUCGCUAAUAAUCACGUUCAUUCCAUCUGGACGGAUGUCGCUUGCCAUACUCGCCCUCCAGAUCAGCCCCUUGCUACCUUAGACCUUGGCCCUGCUGAACUGUCCACUCCUGAAGGAUGUGAUCAUGCGCUUCGCGGUUUAGGACUCCAUCACCUAACUAUCGAUGUCGUGAAGUGCAUUGUAACUUUAUUUGGAGACGAAGUAAGUUCAUCGUGUACACCUGUCACUCAAGUAGACUACCAAGAAGAAUGUACCUUUUCUUGUCCAGCUGGUUACGACCUGAUCGGACCUUCAUCCGUUACCUGCACGAGCUCUGGAGAUUUCUCAGAUGUAUUUCCCGAAUGUGAGGUCGUGACGUGCAUUGUAACUUUAUUUGGAGACAAAGUAAGUUCAUCGUGUACACCUGUCACUCAAGUAGACUACCAAGAAGAAUGUACCUUUUCUUGUCCAGCUGGUUACGACCUGAUCGGACCGUCAUCUGUUAUCUGCACGAGCUCUGGAGAUUUCUCAGACGUAUUUCCCGAAUGUGAGGUUGUGACGUGCAUUGUAGCUUUAUUUGGAGACAAAGUAAGUUCUUCGUGCACACCUGUCACUCAAGUAGACUACCAAGAAGAAUGUACCUUUUCUUGUCCAGCUGGAUAUGAGCUGAUCGGACCGUCAUCCGUUACCUGCACGAGCUCUGGAGAUUUCUCAGACGUAUUUCCCGAAUGUGAGGUCGUGACGUGCAUUGUAACUUUAUUUGGAGACAAAGUAAGUUCAUCGUGUACACCUGUCACUCAAGUAGACUACCAAGAAGAAUGUACGUUUUCUUGUCCAGCUGGUUAUGAGCUGAUCGGACCGUCAUCCGUUACCUGCACGAGCUCUGGAGAUUUCUCAGACGAAUUUCCCGUAUGUGAGGUCGUGACGUGCAUUGUAACUUUAUUUGGAGACAAAGUAAGUUCAUCGUGUACACCUGUCACUCAAGUAGACUACCAAGAAGAAUGUACCUUUUCUUGUCCAGCUGGUUAUGAGCUGAUCGGAUCGUCAUCCGUUACCUGCACGAGCUCUGGAGAUUUCUCAGACGUAUUUCCCGAAUGUGAGGCUGGUUAUGAGCUGGUUGGACCGUCAUCCGUUACCUGCACGAGCUCUGGAGAUUUCUCAGACGUAUUUCCCGAAUGUGAGGUCGUGACGUGCACUGUAACUUUAUUUGGAGACAAUGUAAGUUCAUCGUGUACACCUGCCACUCAAGUAGACUACCAAGAAGAAUGUACCUUUUCUUGUCCAGCUGGUUAUGAGCUGAUCGGACCGUCAUCCGUUACCUGCACGAGCUUUGGAGGUUUCUCAGACGUAUUUCCCGAAUGUGAAGUCGUGACGUGCACUGUAACUUUAUUUGGAGACAAAGUAAGUUCAUCGUGUACACCUGCCACUCAAGUAGACUACCAAGAAGAAUGUACCUUUUCUUGUCCAGCUGGUUAUGAGCUGAUCGGACCGUCAUCCGUUACCUGCACGAGCUUUGGAGGUUUCUCAGACGUAUUUCCCGAAUGUGAGGCGAUCAAUUUCGAAAGUCCAAUGGUGCCGUUCGUAACGACUUGCACUACAGUGGGAAGGAGGUUCUAG